UCGAAUUUAAGUGCCUCAUCAUGCCUUCAUGGUGCUUUGAACUUGUGAUGUGUGCCCGCGGAGGCUGGGUUCUUUAGAGAGGGAGCAGUCAUGUGCUUGACAGGGCUAUUCUUUAGAGCAGAUCUGCACAUUUCCACGAAUUGAAGCUAUUGUAUUUGUCGGAUUAUUUGUAAGAUUUUGUAGCCUCGUAAAUUCGUUCUAAGUAAAGUUGCAGGUUUUUUGGGGGAAGGGAAAACAGCAGCCCGUAGGGCAAAUCGUGAAGCAGUCGUGGUUCAGAAGUUUUGACGGAGAAAUUUAGACGCUGUUAAGUCAUGAUGAUGACAGGAUUUCGACUAAACCUGACUCCACUUAAGGAACCACUGGGAUUUAUUAAAAUUCUGGAAUGGUUAACAGCCAUUUUUGCCUUUGGAAGCUGUGGAAGCUAUAGUGGCCAGAAUGUGAUAUCACUCUUCUGUGGAGGGGGUAGAAAUGAAACACUGAACGUUACAUUUCACUAUCCUUUUAGGUUGAAUGAGGUGAUGCUGGUGGGUUCCAAUUCGACUCUCUGCGGUCGCACUGUUCAGGAAACUCAUCUCGUUGGUGAUUCUGCCUUCUCUGCUGAAGUCUUUGUGGCAGUCGCCAUCCUGGCUUUCUGCUACUGUAUGGCAGCACUUCUGAUCUACUUGGGGUAUAUGGACAGCUACAGGAAUCCUCAAGGAUCAUCGUGGUCACAAACUGACUUCAUUCUGACUAUCGUCUUUGUGGCACUGUGGCUUGUCUGCUCAUCAGCGUGGGCCAAAGGACUCCAGAAUGUCAGGGACGCCACGAGCACCGCGGGCAUCCAGUCCACCCUCUCAGUGUGCCAAGCACAGGGUGUAGUCUGCCAGGUCACCGAGAGGGCUAACAUGCGCACCCUCAGUGUCUCUGUGGUAUUUGGUUUCCUGAAUCUGAUCCUAUGGCUGGGGAAUGUGUGGUUCACCUACAAAGAGACCCCCUGGCACUCUCAGACCCUACCCGCAGAAGCAAUACCUGUCUGUAGGCAAGUACCAGUACCCAUCUAAUCUGGCUGCCCAGGGAUGCUACACUAACUCCUCCUAUGACCUUUAGGGGAAUAUGUCCUCCUAUUUCCCCAUGAACUGAAACUGUAUUCAUAUUAUAUUCAUGUCCCUCUUUUCUAUUGUAUGUGUAUAUACGGCCGUAUGUAAUCGGGAUUAGUGUAGAUGUGAAUAACAGAAAGAAAUAUCUAAUAUUAUUAUUGCCUCAUAUCUAACUUGUUUUGUAUAAGAAUGAUGUUAUUCUUCACACUGGCACUUGCUUUUUGUUACUGACAACCUUUGGAAAUUUUGUCCAUAAAGCUGCAAUAAGAAACUGCUUAUCGCUUUUAUACAACUUUAUCUAAUGUCACUGGUGUGUUAGGUCUGAAAUGUAGGUUUGUGAGCUUGUGCGGUGUGAUGAUGUCCUGAAUAGCCUAGUGUUGCUGAAGAUUAGCAAAAAUUGUAUAAGUUGUUAGUUCUGUUGCGUUUUAGGUUCCAAAGCAGAGUUUGAUGCUUCAUUGUGUGGACUGAGAAUGCUUUUCAUUAGUCAAAAAAAAAUAAAAAUAAAAAUAAGCUGGAUGUUUCUGCGAACUGACAAAAUUGUUGACACACAAAACUGGUGAAACGUGCACGCUUUUACAAAAAAAAAGAGAAAGACAGAAAUGAAGAUUAAUUUCUAUUCUUUGAAAGCCAUAUAAAGGAGUUCUUCAGAAGUUUUCUUUCUGUCUGUGUUUCCUAUCUGUGUCUUUCCAUAAUGGCACAAUCCACAGUACGCCUAUGGACUGGAUUCCAAGUCAUUUUGGUUGUGUUAUUAAGUGUUCUGCCUUUUUCACGUUUGUCUUGUGACUGCUGAUCUUCAGUUGCCUUGGAGGUAUCAAGAGAACAAAUGCUAUACUAUCUGAGAACUGAAAUCCCCCUGCAUGUUUUUAGUAGUGUCUGCUGCUUUUGAAGCAAUCAGGGACCAAAACAACACACAUAGAAAAGGUCUACUCAGGUUCCUA